GUGGAGAAAUUCAAUACUAACAAGAUGCUAAGUACUGACCUGCUAAACGCGACGCAGGAGUUGUUAGCAACGCGAAACAAUAUUCAACGACUGAUGAAGAAAUGCGUGGGACUAGCACAGCAGUUGGAAUCUGCGGUGGCCGCUGGCGCGGGCCGAUUGCUGCAGCCCACUUUGCUAGACGCUAAUCUAAAACUGGCUCCAUACCAGCUAGUGGGCCUCAACUGGCUGGCAGUGCUACAUAAGCAGGCUGUCUCAGGCAUACUGGCAGACGAGAUGGGAUUGGGCAAGACGGUGCAAGUUAUCGCCUUCCUUGCUCAUCUUAAGGAGACUGGACAGGCAAAGGGCACACAUCUCAUUGUUGUCCCUGCUUCUACACUGGACAAUUGGAGUGGUGAACUGCAACGCUGGUGCCCAGCUCUUCGUGUAAGCAAAUAUUACGGCCACCCCGAGGAGAGACGAUUAUUACGUAUCGAAUACGCUCGCAAUCUAGACAAAUAUGAUAUUGUACUGACUACUUAUACGAUGGUCAGCAGUUUACCAGAGGAACGGAAAAUGUUCCGAAUAACACCGAUGCAUUACGUUAUCUACGACGAAGCUCAUAUGUUGAAGAAUAUGUCUACCCAGAGAUAUGAUAAUUUGUUGAAAAUUAAGUCAAAGCACCGUCUUCUGCUGACAGGCACGCCGCUCCAAAACAACUUGUUAGAACUGAUGUCGUUAUUAUGUUUCGUUAUGCCGCACAUGUUCUCCGGCAAGACUGAUGACCUCAAAAGCCUUUUCCAAAAGAAUGCUAAAUACAAAGGCACAAAGAAAACGGACACCGACGACGACGUCCCACCAUUCGAACAGAGCCAAAUCACACAGGCCAAACGCAUCAUGAAGCCAUUCGUGCUACGGCGGUUGAAACGCGACGUGCUACAGGACCUGCCUAAGAAAACAAAUCACACCGAAUCGUGUAGUAUGUCUGAUAGACAGGAGAAGUUGUAUAAGGAAUUGUGUGCUGGUUUUGCAGCUAAGGAUGGCACGAUCCACGCAACAAUGGAGCAAAGCGGCAUGUCAAUGAUGAUGGACAUGCGUAAACUAGCCAACCACCCCCUUUUACUUCGAUAUUACUAUCAAGAAGACUCUCUUCGAAAGAUCGCUGGACGCCUAGCCAGAGAUCCCGGCUACAAGGAGAAGAACGAACAGUAUUUGUAUGAGGAUCUGCUGUUUAUGUCCGACUUUCAAAUACAUCAGCUUACUUUGCAGUAUCCC